AUGCAAGCCACGACGCAACCGAGCACAUCUCAAAAUGGCGAGGAGAUCAGUGCCGAACAGUUCAACAGGCACGUUUUUUACAAAAAAUUCUUUAAAAAAUCCAUUUUUGCAGGAUAUUCCACGAGAGAAGCGUGAUAGUGCUGGAUUGUCGAUCAAAAGGCGAUCCGGUGAAGCGGGCCAACCGGUAAGUGGCGUUUUGAGCUAAGAACUGCGAAAUUCUUCGAUGUUUCACAAAAAAAAACCAAAAAUCGCUGUUUUUACCUACUUUCAUCGGAAAUGGCACAUUUUUGCCGCAAAACAAGCAGAUGCGCCUACGUAACCCCGAAAAAGCCUCUUUUUCUCAUCCGCCGCCCGUCAUAAUCGCCUUUUCACCAAUCGGGCACAGAUUCUUUUGCAGCGUCCGUCUUCCGGCUCUUUUGCAACGACGUCUCCUCGGCGGAUCGAUGAAACUCACCACCGUACCCGAAUUAAAGGAUUUGAAUGUGAGUAAUUGCCAAAACAAUGAAAAAUCUGUGAAAACUGAAUUUUUGACAUGUUCGCUUUCAGAACCCGCCGGAACAGUGUCCCGAAGUGCUGGUGAUCCCGGGCGAAUCGGAGCAAGACGAGCAACUCUCGGCAGCGCUGGCCCGCACUCUCAAGGCCGGCAACUUCGGCCAUUUCGUGCUCGCGGAGCCCGUCGCCUCGCUGCUCGGCCAGUUCCCGGACCUUCGCGACGACGCCGACGAAAACUGGAACACGACUUUUCAGAUGAAUUCGAUGCCCGGACAGCAGCAGCCCACCGGAGGCGCACUCCUCAGUCUCAAGUGAGCCUUUCGCGUGAAAAAAUGAGAGAAAUUUGAAACGCGCAGUAUUUUUCAUGGUAACUUCCCGAAUUUUUGCAGCCAACUGCGACUGGAAGGCGAAGAUCAAGGCGGAAAGCAGAGAGCCGAAUUUCCGGUGAAAUUGACGAGUUUUCUGUACUUGGGCAACGCGGAGACGGCCAAAAAUCGUGAAGUUCUCGAUAAGUGAGUUUGGGUUUUGAACAACUGCACAAUUCAAUCAUGAUCAAUUCUGCAGACACUCGAUAUCGCACGUGAUCAACGUGACGUCGAAUCUGCCGAACGCGUUCGAGGAGGAUCCGAACAUGAGAUAUUUGCGGAUUUCGGUCGAUGACAACGCCUCGCACAAUCUCACCAAGUUCUUCCCCGGUACUCGGCCCCCUUCCAGCCCUUUUUCCCAGAAUUUCAGCCUUUCAGAAGCGAUAUCGUUCAUCGAAGAGGCCCGUCGCAACGAAUCCGCGUGUCUGGUGCACUGUUUGGCCGGCAUCUCGAGAAGUGUGACUAUUUGUUUGGCCUACCUCAUGAAGACCGAAAUGUACGCGUUUUCUAGUGUAAACUAACUAAAAAUUUGACAUUUGCUAUAUUUUCGACUUGGCGAUGUUUUUCUUGCAAUUUUCAGUUCUGGGCAAAAGGUCGGCCCAGGAUUUUCGAAGGAUUUUUGAGGCCUGGACUUCUGACCCGCUUUGCAAUCCGAUCGGGCUGAAACUUUGCAGGCUUCUUGGAAUUGGAUUGAAAUGAUUUGGCUCUGAGUUUCAGACCGAUCCGAUUAUCUGUACCCGAGAUAAGUGAAUCAGAGGCCGAAAAGGCCGUCUGAAACUCGGACCCAAAAUACUUCAAUCCAAGUCCACGAUACCUGCAAAUCUUAGGCUCGAUUACAAGUGGGCCAAAAGUUCAGACCUCAAAAAGCCUUGAAGAUGUUACUUCUUCCGAAUUUAUCGGAUUGAAACUGACUGAAAGACUAGAAUUUUUCAAAAACACUAUCAUUCUGCAGGUGCACACUGGAUUCCGCGUACGAAUGGGUCCAAAAACGGAACGCGAGCAUUGCUCCGAACUUUCAUUUCAUGGGGCAACUCACGGAUUACGAGAAGAUGCUCGGACUGAACAGCAAUCGCGUUGGAGUUCGUUUUUUUAAAUUUCUGUUUUUGAAGCGAAACUCUGAAGUUGUUUCACUGAAGAACAUGCUUUUGUUAUAUUUCUCCUCAUUCUUUCUAAUUUUUCUAGGCGACGGUUCCACGACAAAGCGCCGCGUUUUGAAUAUGUUUCUCUCAGUUUUCUAUUAUCGGUUAGUUAUUUUUGGUUAUUAUUAUAACUAGCUAAAAGCUUUUGUUCGUGGUGACCGUGGCGUCUAGAAAGUAAUAAGGAAACGCAGAAAGAUGCAAUGGUUACAAUUAGAAAAGGGUUAACCAAACGGCAUGGGACGGGGGUGGUCCCGUCUCUCAAACGAAGUGUUGCACGGAAAGGGAACCAUUUAAUUUUCCUGUCUUCGACCCGUCUCGUGGUUUCUCUCGCACGCGUCCCAACUGUUUGGAUACCUGAAAACCCUAAUAUUAUUGCGGCGUGGUGUUUACGCACCACCGUUGUCAACCGUAACCCUCCGUCUCGCAAAAUGGCCGAUUUGGCUGGAAGAUCGAGUUUAGUACCGAUUUGGCUUAUCUUUGACAACGGUGGUCUGCAAACACCACGCCGCUCGUUCUACUAUUCGAAGAAAUUGCAAUUGUUCACCGAAAUGCUUGUCAUCAUGCUCAAUUUUGCAGACGUACCCCUCGUCGGCGCCCCGUUCCCCGUCGUGUGCAAUCGAAGCGGCGGCGGCGUCAGUGCAUCACGUGGGCGGUCUGCUCACUCCGCCGCCGACCAGUUGCUCCGCAUCGCCCCAAUCAAGCAAUCACUCGGCAAAGUCAUUUCACUGA